GACCACGUGAUCAAAUGGAACCACGUGAUGUCAGUUGUGUUGGUGUAUCUCUGGCCAAUCCCACAGGACAGUGAUGGUGUCUGAAGGAGCCGACCCGUCCUCAGAUGUAGGAACCUUGGAUGCAGCAGUGGGCCCUGAUACCUACUUGAAUGGCUUCUCUUCCAUCAAGCAGGCCGAGUCCAACCGGCACUUUCUGGAGGCGCUCCAAGCCCAGACGGAUCGGCAGACCCGGGUGCUGGAGCAGUUGGUGGCCCGGCCAGUCGCGGCAGCACCGGCACGGGUCCCCCGGCGUACGCGGGGGUGGUGCUGCACAAGAUGUCGCCGGCGGACGAGGUGCAGUCCUACCUGGAAAUGUUCGAGGCGAUGGCGGGGGCGUGCGGGUGGCCGGCGGACGAAUGGGCGAUCCGCCUGCUGCCACUGCUGACCGGAGAGGGGCAGACGGCAGCCCUGGAUCUGCCACCCGGGGCGAGGCACUACCCCGGGACUAUGCCGGGGUAAUCAUGGACCGGCUGGGGCUGUCCCCCGAGGACCACAGGAGGCGUUUCCAGGAGGCGAGGCUGGGGCCAGAGGACCGUCCAUUCGCCUUCGCUCAGCGGCUACGGGACGCGGCCAACAGGUGGCUGCAGCCGGGGGGCCGCGGUCACCCUGGCGGAGGACCACCUGGCGGUUCACCCCGGCGGACGGGGCGACGGCAGACGCCCGCCCGCGCCACCGCAGCCAGUCCCCACGCCGCAAAGGAGGACCCAGCAGCCGGCCGCGGCGUGGCCCCUGCCGACGCCGCAAUCACCAGCCCGUACCAGGGGGGCUGACCAUGCGGAACCGACCGGGCCCGGCACUCUUCCCAAACCGCCGAGAGCGCCUCAACCGCCAGGGCAGGAGUGUUGGAGGUGUGGGCAGCCCGGGCACUACCGGCGGGAGUGGCCACUGAUGGAGGUGGUGAGGGUUGCUGAACCUCCAACCCCCUCCCCCGGUCCGGGAGCGACGUACUGCGUUCCACCAGAUGCUGGUUCGACCCGGGGCAUUGGUGGAGGCAU